CCCAUCCGAAUGGGCCACAGGGUAAUCACUGCCCGUUGGGGACCGAAACGAAUAGCAUUAGAGGUACAACAAGUUGUCACGAUUGCCCUCAGUGUUAACGUGGCGAAUAAGGUCACACACAAAAAACUAUUCAAAAUGUGCCGAAAGUACAGGCACGUUUACGUUCAGGAGUAUUACGGACUGAUUUUGUGAUAACAAUGGCAGCUCUAGUGAGACUCAAACGGAGUAGUGUACAGCUGAGAGCAGCCGCGGCUGAAGUUAGAGCGGCUGUGAGAGCACGACACAUCGUAGCUGGUCUCGUGGGAGUGGGAUUUGCUCUCUGCGGUGCAGUGGAAGUCAGCUCAUCAGUUGCUUUACUCGCUAAUCUUGAGGACAACCAUGCGAUCAUUGACACUUCGUGGCAUUGCGACAUGCUGGUCAACAUCAGCAGUCGAAAUCGCACUGAGGAUGUUCAGAUCAUUGCCUUUGAGCUCCUGCCAGUUGAGAGGAUCGAAUCAAACAUGCGAGAGGCAUUUCUCUGGGGACAGGUGGCGGGCCCAAUUCUGGGAGGAACUCUUGUCUGGGGGCGCUCUGGACCCUCGAUGGUCUUCUCCCGGGCAGUUCUCAGCGCCUGUCUAGCGUCGUUACUCGUCCCUGCGGCGUGGAAGGGACCGUCACAUGUUGCACUUCGAUUAUUCCAGGGAAUGUGUACAGGCGCAACGAUGCCAGCUGCUCACAUGUUCGCUAUGACCUGGUUCAAGAGUAAUCAUCGGAGUUGGUAUUUUAGUUGUUACGCAGCUGUCAGUGUUGGGUAUUGCCUGACCGGCUGGAUAGGGACUGCAGUUGUUCGAUCAUUUGGGAGGGAUUCCCUUUGUUAUGGCCUAGUGCUGAUAGCCCUCUGUUGGUACUUCACAUUUGGCCAUUUUGUCAAGGAUACUCCGAAAUCCUAUCAGCAUGAUACGAACGCCGCUGUGAUACCAUGGGGAAAAUUGCUGCGUUCAGUGCCAGUCUGGGCGUCAGCAGUCGCCACAAUGGGUAAUCAGUGGGGUGAUGCCACUCUCUCACUCGGUAUGACCAAGUACCUCAAGCUCAUUUACGGUUUCUCAACUGCUAACGACUCGGUGCUGACUACUCUGCCCCACAUUGGACACUUUAUGGCUGCUCUCAUGUGCGGAUUACUGGUUGAUCAUGUGAGGGAGGCUAAGAUAGUCUCCACAACGACCGCGAGGAAAUUAGUUGUUUAUACAGCGCAUUUCAUACCUGCAGCUCUCCUAUUCGUCGCUGGUUACGCAGGAUGUCAGGCGCUGGGUGCAGCCUGGCUGGGAAUAGCCGCUCUUCUUGUCUCAGGAACAGCUCCCGCCGGGGCGUUAGCCGCGAUAGCUGACCUCGCGCCCGCAGAGUCCCCCGCGUGUGCAGCAGCCGCCUGUGCACUGUGCUCCACAUUAGGCGCGGCUGGACUUCUAGCUGCCAAUUACUUCGUCACACAGGCACUUCAUGGAUCGAUCGCUGGUUCCUGGCGUUUGGUCUUCGGCGUCGCUUCACUGGUUCUCCUUAUAACCGCGGCGGUAUUCCUCGCCCUGGGAAAAGGCGUACCCCAGCCCUGGAUACCCUCCGUAGCCCGACCACGCAGUCACGAUGUUAUUUACGAGCAGGACGCCCUUGAACUGGAUUACGAGGAUGUUGGUGUGCAAACCGAGCCGUACGAUCUCUACGACGUGGAAGACAUCGAGAGCCUCAACGAGGUCCCACGGUCAUCCUCGAUCCACUCAAAGCACUCCGUCGAAUCGACCAACAACUGAACUGGGAAGUAACCGGGAGUCAUUAAAACUUAUUACUCAUCCUGCGGAAGUGAUGGGAUGUUACAUAGGCAGGAACAGACUCUUCCCAUCCAUGGGAAAUAUAUUUGUCUUCUUAUCGAUGUCGAGUCGUUUGAAACAACUCCAUCAUCGGUGUUACGUAAAAGUAUUCUCUUUCUCGGUUAAGUAGAGUAGACACUUAAUUAUACAUGUGUAUUUUUUCAAUCAAUGGUAAUUAAUCGAUCGACACACAGUGAUCGAGGUGAAUUCUCAGUACUCCACGACUGUUUUAUCUCAAUCUCGAUGGACAAGUGGAAUUUUUCGAAGAUACCGGGUGAUUCACAGCUACAGGAAUUUAAAUAUAGAACAUUCUUUAUGAAGUAAACAAUGUGGUAUCUCGAUUGAAUAAUUUCGCAGAAGUGAUCUUCAGUUGUUUGAGGUGAUAGUCAUACAUGUGUGUCCGCACUGAUAAGACGAUUCAUAUAUAUUGUUAACCCUGGAUUGGUCACCCUAUGAGGGAAAGACUGCUACGCAUCGUUUUUCUUCAAUUUCAAUUGACUGGCUGACC